AUGGGCGAAAGACACGGUGCAGUGAACACUCCUGGUGACGCCGGGCCAUCCCACAGCGUCAUGAACGUGCCACGGGCCAUCCCAGUGGGUGGGUCAUCAGCCCGUGGAAUGGGCAUAGCAGGGGGAGGAGAAGGGAAAGACGCCUUUGUGAAGGCGAGGGACGAGGAGCUGUGGCACGUGGCGGCUGGGUCGCUGGCCAUGGUGCCUGCUGUGGGGUCUCUCGCUGUGUACUUCCCUCAGGGGCACAUCGAGCAGCAAGUGCUGCUGCAUCAGGUAUCCUCCCCUCCCCGCCCUGCUGCCCACAGGACGCGGAUGCAUUUUCAGUCUUGCUCUGAGGCGGCUACCUCUCAAGCAGCCAUAACAGCUGGAGCACAGGAAGCAGCAGCGGUAGCAGCGGGGGGGAGAGGAAGAGCAGGCGGGGGUGGGGAGGGAGGUGCGAGUGCUGCAGGGCUGAUGUGGGGGCGGGAGGAGCAGGCGGUGAUGUUCUGCAAGACGCUCACAGCCAGCGACACGUCCACCCAUGGCGGCCUCUCCGUGCCUCGCAAGGCCGCCGACACCUGCCUCCCUCAACUGGACAUGACGCAGGACAUCCCUUCUCAGAGGCUGAGAGCCGUUGAUAUCUACGGCAACAGCUGGAUCUUCCGCCACGUGUACAGGGGCUCGCCCAAGCGGCACCUGCUCACGACGGGGUGGAGCGCGUUCGUUUCCAGCCGAGGGCUUGUGGCGGGCGACAGGGUUCUGUUCGUGCGGUGA